CUCAACACGUGGAGGUGUACAUCAGACGAUACUCAGUCUGACAGUUGUACCGGGCAGACAGACAGUCCACCAUGGGUACAGGCAGGCCGCAGUUCUGUAGAGAUCCUCUAUGGAAUUCCAGUUUUUACUAUAACAACGGUUGGCCACGUCUGACAGACUGCUUCCUCAACACGGUGCUGGUGUGGGUGCCAUGUGCUUUCUUGUGGUGCCCUCUGCCCUUCUACCUGGUGGUGCUGGCCAGGAAAGGGGAAGUCACUCCACUUCAUGUCACCUGGUUGAACUCGGCCAAGACGUAUUUCAGCUUUAUACUGAGCAUGGUGGCGCUGUUGUCGUUGUUACAAGACUUCAAACUGUUGACGGACAGCGGCAGUGACGUGCUUCCGGUCGUCAUCUACCUGGCCAGCGGCCUGCGGCUGGUGACGUAUUUGUGUACAGCCUUCCUGACACUGCAUGAGCGGCGACGUCACAUCAUCACUUCCGGUUUACAGUUUGUCUUCUGGAGCUUGUUGGCGUUGUGCGACAUCGUGCCUCUAUACACAGCCAUCAUUGAAAAGGUUCUUAAUGAAUAUUGACGAAGGCAUUGAUGAUAUAGACUAGGAUGAUGGAUAUAAUAGAAAGCUAAAGGCUGCUACCAUUUUGUUAUCAUAUUGAAAUGAUGAUGUCAAAGCUUUCUCAAUGUCACAUCGAAAGCUAAUAAUUUUUCAUGAGACCUACAUAAAGAGAAAUGCCAUAGUACUCAAGGAGCAUAGUCACAGUCACA